AGAGCAAAAAGGCAUAUAUUGGGAGCUGAACACGAGUACUUCAGGGCAUAUUUUACAGAAAUGGGUCUUCUGUACGUUUACAAUAGUUUGCGACGUAAUGGAUUGAUAGACAACUGGAGACCACUAGGAUUAACUUCCUACAGUAAAGCCAUUGAAACUUCCACAAAUUAUUACAGAUCACGAGCAGAAGCAGGAUAUAAUGUUCAUGCCCAAGUAAAUCGCAUCGAACGUGUCCUAGCCUACCGGCGGCAAGACGCUGCAGAUCAUGGUGGUGGCGACAGGGGCCAUGACGCAAAUAUUAACAACUGGCAGAGCAGACUGGAACGAAUUCGGGAUGGGCAAGAGCGCUAUAAUGAGUGUCGUCGUCUAUACACAGUUCAUGAUGAGCUCAAGAAGAGGAGCGUCAGAUACCGAGGAUGGAGCAGACGACGUUUUUCGAGCCGUAGAGGAAGCAGGGGUCGUCCCCAAAGCAACAGGGGUGGAAGCAGACGAUUUCCUCAGAGUCGAGGACGAAGUGGCAGACUACUCGUUUGCUAAUUUUAAAGCAAAAUUGAAAGAACAUGUCAUAGU